AUGUUAACAGAAUUUUUCCAUAUGAAUCUUGUUGAUAAAAAGGCCAUGACUCUUUUAUAUAAACAAUUUCCAGAAUUUUUUGUUUGGGACUCCCAUAGUAAGUGUUGGAGCCAUAGAAAACAAGGUGUUUGUAUCGGUAGAGUAGUUACAGCAAAUUCAAAUGAAGGGGAAAGAUAUUACCUGCGUCUUUUGUUAAAUCAUAUUAGAGGUGCAACAUCAUAUCGUGCUUUAAAAACUGUAAAUGGUGUUGAAACAUCAUCUUUUCGAGAAGCAGCGCUUUUACAUGGUUUGCUUAGUGACGAUGCUAAUUGUUAUUUAUGUUUGCAUGAAGCUUCAGAGUAUCAAAUGCCUACUCCAUUUUGUCGUCUUUUUGCAACAAUUCUAACCUUGUGUGCUCCGAAUGAUCCGAAAAAUCUAUGGAACAAAUUCAAAAUUUUUAUGGUUGAGGUUUUUAUACAUGCUGGUAUGUCAUCAAAAGUUGCUGAACUUAAAGCUCUUUUAGAAAUUAAUGCAACUUUAGAACUUUCUUGUAAAUCCAUUAAUAGUUAUGGUUUCGUAUCGCAUAAUGUACAUUUACAUGAAAAUGAACUUGUUGCUAGAGUAAUAAAUGAUGAACUAAGCAUUAACGUGUCAGAACUAGAUAUUAUGUCUCCCCAGCAACUUAAUACUAAACAAAAAAUAGCGUAUGAUAUAAUCCUAACGAAAGUAGAUACUAAUGUUAGCGGCAUGUUCUUUGUUGACGGUCCUGGUGGAACGGGUAAAACUUUUUUAUAUCGUGCAUUAUUAGGUAAUGUGAGGUCAAGACAAAUGAUUGCUUUAGCAACAGCAUCUUCUGGUGUUGCAUCUGGUCUUUUGCUUGGUGGACAAACAACACUUUCUAAAUUUAAAAUACCUCUAGAAAUUUGUAGUGACACAAUAUGUAACAUUAGUAAACAGAGUGCUCUUGCAGAACUUUUUCGAAUGACAAAACUAAUCAUAUGGGAUGAAGCUCCAAUGGUGAGUCGAUAUGUUGUUGAAGCAUUAGAUAAAAUGUUAAGGGAUGUUAAUAAUUGUGAAUUCCCCUUCGAAGGUAAAGUAGUUGUCUUAGGAGGAGAUUUUCGUCAAGUUCUACCUGUUGUUCAAAGAGGUAGUAAGGAUGUUGUAAUAGGAGUAAGUCUUGUGAACUCUUAUUUAUGGCCUUUAUUUACAAAACUAAGAUUAAAGGAAAACAUGAGAGCGCGAUUAGAUACACCCUUUUCUAAAUAUUUACUUGAUAUUGGAGACGGAAUUAUAGAAAAACAUUCAUGUAACAUGAUACAACUUCCAGUGGACAUAACUAUAGAUUUCGAAGAAGACAUCACUUCUUUACAAUCAUUAAUAGAUAUAGUUUACCCAAAUUUAAAUAAUUAUGUUGACAAUCUUGAUUACAUGGUUAAUAGAGUUAUUUUAACUCCGAAGAAUGAGUAUGUUGAUGAAAUUAAUAAUUUGUUGAUUCGUCAUUUCCCUGGAAAUUCUUUUACUUAUUUUAGUUUUGAUGAAGCUAUUGAUGCAACUAAGUAG